GACAGCUUCUGCUGUCGCGGUAUAUGUCAAUCUCGAUUGCUCUUUUAUGUUCGUAACUAACAAAACUUGUACAUAGUCCUAAUACAUACAUAUAUUUAAAUAAAGAACCAACAAUGCUGAAGAUCCUCUUUCACCUUUUGGGUGCUAUACACUUUGGUUAUGGCUGUUACUAUGACCAGGUGCAUGUGAAUGUUCCGAGCACUUCAGCCAUUGUCACUCCAUAUGCUGGAAAGAUGAAAUACUUGACCCAUUUGAAUGCUAUUAUGCAAACUUUGUAUUUCACAUUGGCACUUUUGAAUGACUUAUUUGGAAAUAAUGAGCCAACACCAUCAGAGAAGCCUUUAAUAAGACGCAUAAAAGAUAUAUUAUUUAGUGCCUUGGCUUUUCCACUGUCUAUGUUUGUUGGUAUUACAUUUUGGGGCAUAUACGCCAUCGACAGAGAGCUCAUUUUACCAAGAAGCUUAGACCCAUAUUUUCCUACAUGGCUGAAUCAUGUAAUGCAUACAAACAUAAUGGCAUUUAUUCUAAUUGAUUUGUUAACAUCCUUCAGAAUGUAUCCUAGGAAGAAAAUUGGACUAUCUGUACUUUGUACAUAUAUGUUGUGUUACAUGGUUUGGAUUCAUGUAAUAUAUUUUAAAACUGGAAGUUGGGUGUAUCCUAUACUGAAUAUACUCAACUGGCCCCUAAGAGUAGUGUUCUAUCUAGUCUGUCUUGGAUUAGUUUGUAGUCUCUACAGCUUAGGCGAAAAAUUUAACAAGUUGGUUUGGUCUAAAGAAGUAGAACAAACUGUUAAAUCUGGAAAGAAAAAAGCAAAAUAAACUGUUAAUGCUAUUCAUGUAGUGAAUUGCCAAAAUGUAUUUUUAAUGCAUUCAUUUUAAAGAACUUCAUAGAUUGGGGAAUUAAGUAGAUAGUAGUUUAAGCUUUUGCUAAGGGGUAGGGCUCAAAAUUUAGAUUUAAACUUAAUAAUACUCAUUACAGAUAUAUUGUUGUUCAAUAUUGUUGAAGAUAUUCUCAAAAAACCUUUAUCUUCUCACUUAAGUAUAGAGUUCCAGAGGUAUUUUUUAUUUAUAUUCAUUUUUUAAAUGGUGAAAUUGGUAAUGUUACAUUAUUUAUUAUAUAUUGUUAAUACAUUUGGAAGAUAACUGAAAGUGGUAAAAAUAGACAAAGAUAAGGAAUAAAGGAAGGUCAUUUUACAUAAUUAGUCAAUUAUUAUUUUUCUGAUAGUAAUUUCUACUUUAAUAAAUCCUAUUUUAAGUAAAUAAGGAAAAGUGAAAUUGUAAAUGUGUGUGAUCAAAAUAAAUAUUGUUAAAAUGAUUGCUCAAAAGAAGAAAUAAAAGCAAUAAUAAUAACCCUUAAAUUUACCCUUUUUAAUUUUUAUCUUAUCAGUUUUGAUCAUUUUGCCCCCUAAAUGACGUAUGCGUCCUGCAAUGAAUACAUAAAUUGAACUAAAUGUAUUAUUUAUUUAACUUACAUUAUGGUAUACGUAACGUAUAACACGUAAAGUCAUGGUCGGUAUGUUAUAAGCAGGAGUUGUUUACAUGACUCCACAACAAAAUAAAAAAAUGGGGAAUUUAAGGGUCAAACACUUAUUAGCUAUGUAAGUUUUGUGAACAGUGUCCAACUUUAAUACUUACUUAGGCUUAUAAAUGUAUUACAAAAUACGCAGUACAUUCCAUUUCAUAAUGUUAUUUGAAUAGAUUGGAAAGGUCUUUUAUGAAGUUACACUUUUUUAUAUAUUUAUAUUAUGAUUUCAUUCCUUACGAGUCGUCCAUUUACAAUUAUUAUCGAUCAUCAUCAUCAUCAUCAACAGCC